AUGACUUUUACAGGCAUCUUGGCUCUAAAGACAGCCCGAGGGUGCAGAGCUCCUCACCCAGUCCUAGACUCUCAGACCUGCUCAUUCCAAAUCUCCCUUUGCCCGGCAAUCUCGCCACCAGCAAAGUGCUGGUCGCUGAGGGAAGGCGACAACCCCUGGACGAGAGCCAGAGCAGGAUUUGGAUUCGGUGCCGCGGGCCUCGCCCUGGAAGAGCGGCGCCCUCUCCUUCCUCGGCCCCACGAGCUGAAAUUCCGCGCCCACUGCGAGCUGGGGGUUCUGGAGUCCGGCAAUUCGGGGCUCCCUGAGGGGACCGAGGUACGACGUUGGAGGGCGCCAUAUUUUCAGUGGGUCUGGGCUGCGGAGGGCAGGGGCCGACCAGUUUCCGGGCCCCGGGAAAAGCGCGGCGCCCCCACAGAAGGGGCAGGAGCGAUUUUCUCAGGGAUUCUGCGCGCCGAGGUCGGCACGGAGGCGGCGGCGCAGGGCGCGCACGGAGGCUGUACCUGCGGGGCCGGAGCCGCGGUCGGAGACUGCGCGCCCCGCUCGCCCCUCAACCUUCCCGCCGAGACGCGGCGUUCGCGCGCGCAGGCGCAGGGAGCACGCCCCCCGUCCCCGCCGCCCCACCGCCACCGGCGCCCCGGCGCCUGGGCGGAGUCGGGCGCUCGGCGGCACGCACCCGCCCGUCGCUGGAAGCCGAGCGUUCUCCCGGCCGGGGGUUCGCUUUGGAGCCCCGCAGGGCGCGGGAGCUCACUCCUCGAGCAGGGGGAAGCGCCCGGGUUAGUGGAUCCGGGCCGAAGAGCAGCCCCAGCCUCUUAUCCCUCCCGGGCUGCGGCGGCGGCAGCAGCACCCGCGACUGCGUGCCCAGACUUGGCUGCGAUGCCAGCUCUCGGAGGCGAGGGCUGGCACUCUCACCAUUACAGAUUCAUUCAUACUCUGCAAACAUUAGAACUCAGUAAUGAGAAUGUUCUGAAGUUAACAGCAGCAGUGGUCACAUGACUCUGAGAAUGUGCUAAAAACCAAUCCAUUGUACACUUGGGUGCACAGUAUGGUAUGUAAGUUAUAUCUCAAUAAAACUGUGUUUAAA